AUGAGGGUGCUAUUGCUAUUGAGCGUGCUACUCGGACUGUUGGCAACGAUGGUUAUCGCAGCAGGCGCAGAUUACUACAAGGUCCUGGGUCUGGGCCGUAGCGCGACCGUGAAGGAGAUCAAGAAACAGUACAAGGUCCUCUCCAAGAAGUACCACCCCGACAAGAACCCUGGCAACCAGGAAGCUGCCGACAAGUUUGUUGAGGUCGCUGCAGCAUACGAGGUUCUUUCGGACAAGGAAAAGAAGGGCAUCUACGACCGCUACGGAGAAGAAGGUCUGAAGCAGCAGCAACAGCAGGGCCAUGGCGGAUUCCACGACCCCUUCGACAUCUUUUCUCAAUUCUUUGGAGGUGGCGGAUCACGUCAUGCACAUGCCGAACAGGAACGUCGUGGACCCGAGAUCCGCAUGGAGCUCGAAGUGACACUUGAAGAGUUGUAUUCUGGAAAAUCGAUCGAGAUCGAGGUCUCGAAACAGAUUGUUUGUCCCCAUUGCUCUGGAUCGGGUGCUCGUUCUUCGGAUGAUGUUGUCACCUGCUCUGGAUGUCAGGGUCAGGGUGCCAAGAUUGUCAAGCAUAUGUUGGCCCCUGGCAUGUUCCAGCAGUUCCGUCAAACCUGCGACCAGUGCGGAGGAAAGGGAAAGACGAUCAAGGCGCACUGCCCCGUCUGCCACGGCACCAAAGUCCAGCGCGGCUCAGAACAGUUAACCAUCGUCAUUGAACCCGGUCUGGCCGAUGGCUCAACCAUUGUCUUUGACCGGGAAGGAGACGAAGGUCCCGAGGUGGCCGCCGGAGACGUUGUCUUUGAAGUCCGCACCCGCCCACACGCCACCUUCGAGAGACGUCAGGAUGCCCUCUACACCUAUGUCGCCAUCACCCUCGAGGAGGCCCUGCUGGGUUUCGACAUCGAGAUCAAGCACCUGGAUGGUAGAGCUGUCAAAUUGACCCGCGGGCAGGAUGUGACGCCUUUCGGCUUUGUCCAGACUUUGCAGGGGCAGGGUAUGCCUAUCAAGGGAUCUCGUGGGGACUUUGGGGAUAUGUUUGUGGAGUACAAGGUGGUUUUCCCUGAGAAGCUGUCCAAGGACCAGCGUCGGUUGUUGGCAUUGGCGUUUGAUGUGAAGGCGCCCUUUGAUGAGACCCUUGGUGGUGCUCCCGUGCAUCAGCAGCAGGUUCUUCACGACGAAAUGUAA